CACACACUUGUGCUCUGUCCCGCAUGAGACCUGUCAGGCACAGAUCCAGUAAGCUGGCUCAGUUAUGCCUUGGAGAGUGAGCUGUGCAGACUGACAUGGGAUGGGCAGGAUGGGCACAUGCACUGCUAUUUGGACAGUGACCUAUAUCACACAUGGAUGCUAUUGUCUCAAACCAUCUACAGAUCUCCUUUAAUCCUGGCAUGUCCCAGAUGAGAGACCACAGGAAUGACUGUCAUCGCUUUCACUGUGUCUGUGCUGUGCCUGCUGCCUCAGGCGGGCUUGGCACUAUGGGCUUGUGUUCGUGCCUGUCCAGCAUCCUGCACCUGCACCCAGGAGAGGAGCUGCAGUGUGCUGUGUGACCGGUCCGCCCUCGCUGAGCUACCCAAAGAGUUUCCCUGCGAGGCCUCCGCCAUCAACCUGGACAAGAACAGACUCAAGUUCCUGUCGGAAAGGGCCUUCGGCACUCUGCCCUCCCUCAAGUCCCUCUCCCUGGACCACAACAACAUCUCCUUCAUAACCCCUGGAGCCUUCAAGGGAUUACCCAACUUGGUGGAGCUGAAGAUGGCCCACAAUGAGCACAUCAGCUACCUUCACACACGCACCUUCACGGCGCUGAAGAAACUGGUGCGCCUCGACCUGUCAGACUGUAACCUCUUCAACAUCCCCGACCGCAUCUUCAUAGAGCAAACAGCGCUCAAGGAGCUGCUCUGCUUCCAAAACAACUUUCGCAGGAUCCCCGGGGCCAUCAGGGGCAUGGAAAACCUGACCCACAUCUACCUGGAGAGGAACAAGAUAGAGGCAGUGGCCUACAACUCCCUGCUGGGCCUGGGAAGCCUCAAGUACCUGAACCUUCAGGAGAACCGCAUCAAUGUGAUCCAUGAAAUGGCCUUCCAGGACCUUGUGCGGCUGGAGAACUUCUACCUCAAUGACAACCUCCUGUCCGAACUACCCCGAGUCUCCUUCAAGGGCCUUGGCCGCCUAAAGAUGCUCAACCUGGGAGGGAACCAGUUGACCAACGUGUCCAAGACUUGGUUCAGCGACCUAUUGGAGUUGGAGGUCCUCUACCUGGACAGGAACCGGCUGCUCUUCAUCGAAGAGGGCUCUUUUGAGAACCUGACCAGCCUGAUCACCCUCCACCUCAACAGUAACAACCUCACCACUCUUCCCUUCCCCGUUUUCCAGCCCAUCUACUUCCUGGGGCGCCUGUACCUCUUCAGGAACCCCUGGGAGUGCGACUGCACCCUCGAGUGGCUGAAGGAGUGGAUGGAAAGCUACAAACUGGUGCGGGACAUCCCUUGUGCCUCGCCCUCCUCCGUCGCGGGCCUGGACCUCAGCGAGGUGGUCUUCGCCAAGGUGAACGGCACAUGCGUGGACCCGGGAGAGCUGAACCUGACCACAGCCUCCACGGACAUCGCCUCCACCACGGAGAACCGCUUCAACAACCUCAUCUCCAAGCUGCUCCAACAGGAGCUCAGGGAGGAGAUGGGCAACGGCACGGAAAGCCUGCGCAACGGGACCUUCCUGGACCCUGAGGACGGGGAGAUUUCUGAUGGGGUCCGAGGACAAAUGUCACAAGCAAGCCAAUCAAUUCUUUACUUCCUUGUGGUGUGGUUUCUCUUUGGCUUGAUUGGCCUGUCAGACAUGGACAUCUGUGUUUCAUGCACAUGAGAAAUGGAGUUUGAAUUCUAGCCCAUGGAAAUGCCACCAAUGGAGUUGGAAUACCUUUUUCCAAUGUGCCACCAAGGUGAAACAUGUUUUCAUUUGUGCAAACAAGUACCGAUACUUGUUUGGGUGGUAAUUGGUGUGAGUCUACCCUGCCAAAGACAGAGGGAUUUUGCAUAGCUUUCUUUUGCAAUGCAAUGAGUGUAGUAAAGAGAAGAGAUUCAGCUGACCUGGAUACAGCAGCAGACUCAUAGACAAAACAAUAAUGGACACUGGAAGACUACAAAUAGUAUUUAUUUUCACAAAAACUGUUGAUAUAUCAUAAACCAUGAUAUACAUAUAUAUUUAGAUAGGAGGAGUCAUAAUAAUUCUUCUAAUACAUAUCUGUCCUCCUGGUUCAUACACAGCCACGCCAAACUGUGUGGCGUGAGGUGCCCUGCAGCACGAUUCAAAUCCUACAUUUACAGAUGCAGGUGUUGAUUUCAAGUGGCGGAUUACUGAGACGAUGUUAUCAAAAUGUAUCUUUGAACUCCCGCCUUUUGUUACGUAACACACUUAAAUUAAUGUAAUUUUUAUGAAUAUUAUGUAACAUUCAAUUUCUUAGCAUUACGUAGUCCGUUAGGCAAGUCAUGUUUUCAUUCACAUCUAUGUGUAAAUUUAAAGGCGAUAAGAGCAGUGGCUCCUGUAGUUAUCUCCGAAACAGAUGUCCUCUCUCGCUCGUUCUCCACGUUUUUAUUCAUUCAACUCUGUAAAUGUAGGUUCUGCAGCUUUCCCUUAAAUGCAUUAAUCUUCUUACUGCAUGCGGCUCAGUGUCCUCGCUUGUAUAUGCUGUAAUGUGAUGGAGGGACUUUCUCGUUGCAUUUACCUCCUGCCGAUGGAUCGCUUUCCCCUUAUGGCCACCAUGGCGCUCUAUAAACCGAACGUGACGGGCGUGACCGCUGCCAUAUGCUGGGCGCUGGAUGGGAGAGGUUACAGGGUCAGAGCGCAUCAUCAUUCUUUGGGAUAAGAAUGCUUUCAGAUGUAGACCUUUGUACUUAACAUCAUUUACAAAAUCUUGUCGGUUCUCUGUACUGCCGUGUCCGUAUCCACACUGAUGUGCUCUGUGUAGCUGAAAAUGUCUGUGGAUAUCCCUGAUCUCAGCCGCCACUUUUCGUUUUUUGACCCCUGGUGAUAUUGUCUUGACUCGGUCUGACAGCCAGUGAUACAGUUCAAUGAUAUUGUAAGACUUAACACUCCAUCACACAUACACACACACACACAAUAUAUAUAUUUUUCUAAAUAAAAAUUGCUGUUGACCUUU